AUGGCGGCGGCAGCCAUGGCCACACAGCAAUUGAGGCUGCAACUGCCUCGGUUGUCUUUCCUUUCCUCGACCAACUUUGCGACCACAUAUAUCCGGCAACUAUCAAUGCCACUGUUCCCGUCCGUAAAGUUCGCCCUCCCAGCCAUCAGCCUUGGGCUUCCAUCCAUACCGUCAAUCCCAGCACUCCUUGGGGAAAUAUGGGAAGGCAUCCUGAAGGCAGUACCGAAAAAGAAGACGUCUCACAUGAAGAAGAGACAUCGACAAAUGGCCGGCAAGGCCUUAAAGGACCAAACCGCCAUCUGCAAAUGCCCUGCAUGUGGGGGUCUGAAGAGGAUGCAUUACUUGUGUCCCUUCUGCACGGAGAAGAUUAAGAAGGCGCUGAAGGAAUCAGUGGACGACCACGCCGAGCCGAGAUAG